AUGAGUGGAAGUAAAGGUUCCAACAUGCUGCCCCACGCGAGUCUCCUGCUGAUAUUUCUGGCUCUCAGCUCAGUAGCAGCGCAGACCUUUCAGUACUCCAGGGGUUGGACCAACGGCAAACGAGAUGGUCUAAAGCGGGACGUGCCUAGAGACAUAGCUGCCCUAGAGAGAAUCAUCAGCCCGUGCCAGAUGAGCAAACUCAAGUACCUGCUGGAAGGCAGGCCCUUGAACGAAAGGAUUAGAGACCGCGGAUCGCGGACCGCGGACCGCGUAUCCCACACUGUGAGACACCCUCUAAGAAGGCGGGAAGACCAUCAUCGCAAGGUGGCUGGCAGAAACUGGAUGCGAAUAGCUGAAGAUCGAGUUCGAUAG